AUGUCCAAGAAAGAAUUCACACUAUCCUUUGCACAACCCAAGCCCUUAAUUGGAAACUUGCGUAAGUCGGAAAAGCAGAGUACAUCUGAACCAGUGGAUAAAUUUACAGAAACUGCAAUAGAUAUCGGGCUACUAGAUGCCCCCGAAGGGUGGUACACUGCACGUUGCCUCGAUGCGAUUACCAUUGUUAUCAUUUUAGUGUAUCACCGACAAUGCUUCGUUCCUGUAAAACGCAAGCGAAGUUUCAAGCCAGUGUUUUUUGAAGAGAUAUUCGGUAGCAGAGGGGAAAUAUUCGGUUACCAUAAUCUAAAUGUAGAUAUUUAUUAUCUUGCAAACUCCGCAAAAUGUUAUGUAGAAAUAAAAUACACAGGUAAGGCCACUCCCCCUUUCGAAUCUGCACCGGAUAAUAUAUUAGAAAAGUUGACACCAUGGCUGCCUCGUGGUGUCAAGACUAGAAGAUUUCCUUUCUUUGUAGAACACUACAAGGAAAGGCGACACAGCAGUAAAAUCUUUGGCACAGAGUUGGAAAGAGUACAGAUCUAUAAUCCAACUGAUAAUGAUUCCUACAACUACAUUUUUACAAGCUGUGAAAAUGACGAACGUCAUUUUAAGCAGUUUCAUACACGUUUCCAGUCUAUGACAAUUUGGUUUUUUAAGAAACCGAUACAAAUAGAUGUUGAUGAUCCCAACUGGCUUUUCAUUUACGUAUAUGAAGAAAGAAACGAAGAGGGAAUGAAAGGCGUAUAUCCGGUAGGAUUUAUCGCAAUUUACAAAUAUUCGACUUCGCCGAAUCGAAUCACAGCGCGUAUCACGCAAUUGUUUGUGAUGCCACCGUGUCAGAGGAUGGGUAUUGGUACCCAUCUAUUGACAAAUGCAUAUAAGGUAAUCGCAGGUCUCCAUAAUGGUGCGGAAAUUGUUGCUCCAGCCACGAAUAUGCCAUUUUCAUGUCUAAGGGAUAUGGUGGACUGUCAAUUGCUAAUGCAGAUUGAACAAUUUGAUUGUAACAACAUACAUAAAGGUUUCAGUGACACCAUGUCAAAAGUGGCCAAUGAGGAGUAUAAAUUAAAUAAGCGCAGAGUGAGACGUGUUUAUGAAAUAUUAAGAAUGGCGUACAUUAAGUGUAACAUGGAUGAUAGAAACUACAAACUACUUUGUGAAGAGAUCUCAAAACAAUUAAGGAUUCCAUUUAAGAGACGCACUCUAAUGUUGAAGAAGCGUCUAGAAAAGUAUCCACAUGAUGAGAAAUGCCGAGAAAGCUUACAAAAAUCAUAUGAGGCAUUGGAAGCUAAAAUUGUGACUUAUAUGACUGGCCUCCAAACGGCUGCAACAACACUUAAUAAGAAACUUUGGAAGCCAAGUUUCGAAUGAUAUCGACCAAAGUCUAAUUGUGAUAUGUUAAGAUUGAAUAAGAUAGUUUUGUUACGUUGUUUAGUUCUUCAUAGAUAUAUUUAACAUAAAUUAUUCUCCUAGUAUAACAUCACUUAUGUGCAGCAGUG